AUGAACCAAGAACGUCAGGAUCGGUUCAUGAUCCGUUCCUUUCAUCAUUCAACCAUCUUCAUCACCAUCAUCAACAUACUGAUCCUAACUUGUUGCUUCUCACAGGUUCAUGCUCUCACUCCUCACUCCAUCAAGACUCUUCUCAUUCCGAAACAACAACAACAAGAACCACUCCACGAAUUUGCCAAUAAAGUCGUCUAUGUGAGUGGUGGCUCGAGUGGUAUUGGUUUUGCUACCAGUUUAUUAUUCGCUCAACAGGGAGCCCGAGUUGUAUUCACUGCACGUGAUUUCCAUCCUGAUUGGUAUACUGGAGCUGAGGCUGAGAUGAGAAUUAAUAGUGAUGCCCAAGUGAUUCAAAGCGGAGGAAAGGCUCUCUUCGUGAAAUGUAAUGUCGCCAAUUAUACGGAAGUGAGAGAGGUGAUAUUUGGAAAGAUUGAUAAGGUGUUUGGAAGGUUGGAUAUUGCUGUGAAUAAUGCUGGAAUUGGAGGGCCAUCGGGAAAUCUUGUCGACCUUGAUCCCAAGUACUUCCACAAUGUUCAUGAUCCUCUCCUGAAUAACGCCUAUGGAGUGCUUUAUCAAAUGAAAGCUCAACUCGAGUAUUGGAAAUCCAAAAAGGAUAAUUCAACCACGAAAUCCAUCGUGAACCUUACCAGCUACAAUGGAUUAAGAGCAUGCCCUGGAUGUUCCAUGUACUCGGCAUCCAAGCAUGCCAUCAUUGGUUUGACUCAAUCCGUUGCUUUGGAACAUAUUAAGGCCACUCAAGACAUGCCACGAGUUCGAGUCAAUGCUCUUGCUCCUGGCCUGAUUGACACUCCUCUCACAAGAAAUCAAGCAAAAACACUCUAUGAGGGAGUGGAAACUUGGAUUGGUCCAUUAAUUACAGAGAACAAUCCCUUGUGGUUAAAGAUGAAGCCCGAGUUAGAGAAGGAAUUAGCUGGUGGAAGAUUGGGAAGGCCAGAAGAGAUGGCACACGUGAUUUUGUACUUGUCGAGUGAGGUGAGAGCAAGUUAUGUGAGUGGAACAGUGGUGAGUGCAGAUAAUGGGGAUACUACCAAGUAG